AUGGCUGACCAACUGUUCAAGGAGGCCUUCUCCCUCUUCGACAAGGACGGCGAUGGAAGCAUCACAGUCAAGGAGCUCGGCACCGUCAUGCGCUCCUUGGGCCAGAAUCCCACCGAGGCUGAGCUUCAGGACAUGGUCAACGAGGUUGACGCCGAUGGGAACGGAAGCGUCGACUUUGCAGAGUUCAUCGGACUCAUGGCCCGCAAGCUCCGCGACGUCGACAGCGAAGAGGAGAUCAAGGAGGCAUUCAAGGUCUUCGACAAGGAUGGCAACGGAUUCAUCUCAGCCGCUGAGCUUCGUCAUGUGAUGACAAACUUGGGCGAGAAACUCUCAGACCAAGAGGUCGAGGAGAUGAUCCGAGAGGCAGAUGUCGAUGGGGACGGGCAGAUCAACUACCAGGAGUUCGUGAACAUGAUGAUGAGCAAGCCCUUCACCAAUUCACAGCCUGCGACCAUCUGA